CCUUGCAACUAGUCGGCAACCAAGCGGCCACACAUUACACAUUGCCCAUCCAUUGCGCACAACGACAACCAGGGCUGGAAGAGGUAACUCGGUCGCGUCCGUGUGUGUGGCCUGGUCUCAUUCCCCUGCUUCUUGUUUCCUCUCUUCUCUCUCCGUCCCUCCCUUCCAAGCCUCCAUCUGCCCAUUCAUCGUCCUCCAAUGCCGCCCUCCUCUGCUCUUGUCCGAGCGUGUAAGCGAUCUGGAAGCACGCACCCAUCCCAUGUCCAUGCCCAUCUUUGGCUCCUGCUACAGUACCUACCUACCUGCUUAUCUUCCUGCCCGCUUGACUGCCCAGCCCGACUCCCUCUCACAUUGGUAGCAGUAUCGACACCCGCUGCAACUGUUAUUCUCCCUAUAGGAUACGGCACGUUCCGUUUACCCGUCAACUCCUUCACUGGUCGAACCAAACUUGCAUAUCGGUUGAGUCUCCGCCUCCGGUGCCAUUCACAUUCCACCGUCAUCGACCUCUUGUCUUUCGUCAACUGCCGUCCAAACGGCCAGUCAAUUGCCCCGCAGGUUUGCGGAGAGUUUUCUUGUCUUUGGGGGCCGACCAACACGCGGAUUAUACCUACAGUACCCAACUCGAUAUACCCAGCCUUGCACACGAUACUGCGGUGCUUGCUCAUUUGCCGAACCAGCUACAUACCGGACCAGUUGAGUAUCGAUCCUUGAACUAGAGUGUGUUCGGGGAUUUUCGAGUCCACAUCACUCAUUGGGUCGCAAUUCGACAUUGGCUAGAAAUUCUAGUUGAUCGCAAAUGUCAGCACAGGAGCGGGUGAGUCGCGCCGCUCAAGAAGCUGCCGGUGCCCCGCGGCACCCUCAAGCAAUUCCAGGCCCCUCU